UGGAUGUCUCUCUCUCUCUUGCUGUUUUUUGUCUCCUGUCUUUGCAGCCUCCUUGGCUAUUCUCUGCAGCCUGAAACACUCUUCCGAAGACUGUCAAGAAACUGGGGCCACGUAUAUUAAAUGCGACAUCCGUGUUACAGUGGGCACGGACAGUGUGACUGGGCCUGCACCGUACAUAUAUUUAUGCGAUGAUGACAUUCUUCCAUGGGACCAGACAACCAGCGACUCCUCCCUACCCUAUUUUACUGGCCUCUUUUUCAGCCCUAAAGUGGAAAGAGAUGAAGUUCUCAUCUAUAAUAGCUCCUGUAACAUUACCAUGGAAACUGAGGCAGAGAUGGAGUGUGAGGGAGCUAAUCAGCCAAUUACCGCCAAGAUUACUGAGAUACGGAAAAGCUGGGGCCAGAACACUCAGAGAGACGCUCGCCUCCGAUUUUGCGGCCCGUGGUCUAAGAGCUCCAGCUGGCUUGAUGGGUACCCACCACAAGAUGGCGAUAACGUCACGGUAGAAAGAGGCCAGACGUUGCUAUUGGAUACCAUCACUGGCAUCCUAAACUUGCUGCAUGUCAAAGGUGGCAAGCUCCUGUUUGGUGGGCCUGGCCCUGUAGGACUCCAUGCUCAUUACAUUCUGGUAUCUGAUGGUGGAAAACUCCAGGUGGGAUCUCCAAAUGCACCUUUCUGUUGCAAAGCACAUAUCCAUCUCUAUGGAAGCCUUCAUACCCCAACCUUCUUUCCGUUUGGGGCCAAAUUUCUGGCAGUAAGGAAUGGGACCCUUUCUAUACACGGCUGGGUACCAAACGUGGUGUUCACACACCUGAAGUCAGCGGCUCAUGUUAAUGAUACGAGGUUAGUCCUAGUGGAGCCUGUUGACUGGCAAUCUGGAGAUGAAGUCAUUGUAAGUGGAACGGGUCCUGGAGAUGGGGAAUGGCAAGAGGAAAUUGUCACCAUUGAAGCUGUGAACAACACUGAACUGUACCUUAGAUCACCUCUCAGGUUCCCCCAUGGGUUUGAGGAGGAACAGAUGGGCGGGCAGCACCUUUCUUUGAGUGCUGUUGUGGCGCUGCUGAGCAGAAGGAUUGUUGUCCAAGGAAACGUGACCGGUGAGAGGAUGUCCCACCUUCGGUUGUGUGCAGCAGCAGGUGUUUCAGGAGAUGCCUCAGGAUGUCUGUAUAAGAGGAGUGAGAAGCAGCUUGGGUCCCAGGAGAUGGGUGCUGUUGUUAUGAUGCAGGCUUUCCAGGGUGAAGAAAGCCACAUCCGUUUGGAAGGGGUCCAGUUCCAGCACGUCGGCCAAGCAUUUCAGCAGCAUCUAAGUGCCCUGACCAUUGCUGGGACUGCCCAUUUGACUGAUUCUUACAUUCGUGGUUGCUCCGUUUGGGAUUCCUUUGGUCGGGGACUUGGCAUCUCUGGGACCUCGGAUCUAAGAGUGGACAACAAUGUUUUCUAUAACAUUUCAGGCCACGGGCUCCUGCUGGGAGGAUGGUUGGAGCAGGGGAACAAAAUCAGGCACAAUAUACUGAUCGGACUAUCUGGAACUGAUGGACUUUCCAACCUUGAAGCUGUGUCACCAGCAGGGAUCUAUAUCCAGGCUCCUGCUAAUCAGAUAGAGGGUAACAUGGUUUGUGCUGCUGGGUAUGGUUAUUUCUUUCAUCUUUCCCCCAAGGGACCAUCUCAAACUCCUGUCCUCUCCUUCAGCAAGAACAUAGCUCAUUCUUGCACAAGAUAUGGUCUCCUGGUAUAUCCCGAAUAUCAGCCCCAACGUGCAAAUAGCCUAGGCCCAGUUCUGUUCCAGAGCUUCAUGGCCUGGAGGAAUCAAGGUGGGGCUCAGAUUUUUAGAAGCAGCAACCUUGAACUUCAAAAUUUCCAGAUACAUUCUUGCAAGGAGUUUGGAAUUGAUAUAGUAGAAAGCCUUGGAAAUACCUCUGUAACUAACAGCUUAUUGCUCGGCCACCUCGGGCACAAGCAGGAUGGUAGCUGUAUGUCAGCAGGACUGAAAACUCCCAAAAGGCGUGAGAUGUUGGUUUCCAAUACAACUUUCAUGAACUUUGAUAGUAGCAUGUGCACUGCCAUUAGCACCUGCUCAGGCUGUUCCCGAGGUCAAGGUGGCUUUACAGUGAGAGCUGAAUGGCUGAAAUUCCUAAAUUCACCCAACCAGGUAUUGUUCCCAUUUCCUCAUUCGGCCAUCCUCGAAGAUCUGGAUGGCUCCAUCACAGAGCAGAAAGGAAGUCAUCUCCUUGCUUCUUUGAACAUACUUGCAACUUCCUGCGUGGUCAGUGCCAAUUUCAGUCAAGCUGCAGCGAGCAGUGUUUGUGGAAGGGAUGUGAUUCUUCACCGUAUGUCUAUUGGACUAAAUGAGGCCCCAGAUGCUCCUUAUAAUUUAACCGUGACUGACAAUAAUAAUAAGACAACCACAGUCAAUUAUGUCUGUGAUACUCUAUCAAACCUCUACGGCUGGAUGGCUCUCCUCUUGGAUAAGGAAGCUUAUACUCUGACAUUCGACAACCCUUUGUUCAACAAACAACUACAGUACUCUGCGACAUUUGAUAACUUCGCCGAUGGGAAUUAUUUACUAAUGGAACAUAGGAAUCUCUCAUCCACCAUUGAGAUCACGGUGCUUUGCGGGACAAGGCGAGGGCAGCCACUACAGUCACUCCCUUCACACAUUUAUCAUAAGAGCUGUGACUGGUUUUUCAAUCGCAAACUGGGGAAGCUAACCUUUUUGGUUACAGGUGAAGACCUAAUUCAAGUGACAUUCAAGGAGGAGGAAAGGGUCUCUAUACCUGCACCAGCUCCUUCCGAUGGCAUUUUGAAAUGGUCAAUGCCUGAAUCAUGGAGCGGUGUGGGCAGGGGCUGGGGUGGAUACAAUCACAGCAUUCCCGCCCCUGGAGAAGACGUCAUCAUCUUGCCUAACAGAGCCAUCCUGGUGGAUACAACUCUUCCUCCUCUGAGAGGUCUCUAUGUCUUGGGACGCCUGGAAUUCCCAAUCAACUCCAGCAACGUCCUUAGUGCAGCCUGUGUAGUGGUUGCAGGUGGUGAGCUGAAAGUGGGUACUUUUCAUCAUCCCCUAGAAAGAGGACUAAACCUGCUUAUCUUUCUUCGAGCAUCUGAUGGAAUUUAUUGUGAUCGGUUGGAUGGAAUAAAUGUCCACCCAGGAACUAUUGGGGUUUAUGGGAAGGUGCAGAUGCACAGUGCUUAUCCUAAGAAAUCCUGGACACAUCUUGGAGCUGACAUUGCACCUGGCAAUGAAAGGGAUCCUACAGACCUACAAGCCCAUUGCCCCACUUUAAGUACCUGUGAAAUCUCUGAGAAACCACUUUUUCCCAUGACAAUCAGAGGUAAUUUGAGUCCAUUGCCAUCCAAGCUGCAUGUGGACAUGAAGGUCUUGUUCCUGUUCCAACACAAGUCAAAGGCUGGGACAAUCACACCCGAGAUAAACGCAAGGAUUUUGCUCACCGAUGAAGUGGACUGGAGUCAUGGUGGAAACAUUGUCAUCAGUUCCUCCUCUUACGAGCCUCACCAAGCCGAGGUAGUCACGGUUAAAGAGAUCAGGAACCAUAGCAUUAAAAUCCACGAGCGCCUUCUCCACAGGCAUAUAGGGCGUUCCCAUAACACAGAAGAUGGUAGACAGCUUCCUUUGGCUGCAGAGGUUGGGCUUCUAACACGGAAUAUACAGAUCAAGUCUGACACCAUUUGCUCUGGGAGGCUUCUAGUAGGACGCUUUAGAAGUGCCAAUGGAGUGGAAUAUGCAGGUGCGCUUCAGCUCUUAAAUGUUGAACUUCUGAACUUUGGGCCUUCGCAACUUCCUGCCAUUGACUUCAGAAAUGUAUCCCAGGGAUCUGCAGUAAUCGCUUGCAGCAUUCACCAGACCUGUGGGGGUGGCAUUCAAUCAGUUGCAAGCCAUGGCAUUAUACUGCGUGAUAAUGUAAUGUUCAGUACAGUUGGCCCUGGCAUUGACUUUGAAGGCCAAAACCAUUCUCUCACAAGGAACCUUAUCAUUCUGAGCAAGCAACCAGAAGGGUCACCGAAUUGGGUUGCUGGUGUCAAAGUAAACCUAAUAGAUGGUGCCUACUUACUUGGUAAUGUUGUGGCAGGAUCUGAACGAAUAGCCUUUCACAUCAAGGGGCAAGAGUGUUCCCUUGCCAGAGAUCAGUGCAUUGAAAAUGUAGCCCAUUCAAGCCUUCAUGGUGUCCAUUUAUACAGAGGAGAUGGGUUUCAAAACUGUACCAGGAUCACUGGUUUCCUGUCCUACAAGAAUUAUGACUAUGGUGUCAUGUUCCAUCUUGAAAGCAGUGUCGUGAUGGACAAUAUGACGCUGGUAGACAAUGCAGUGGGUGUCCUGCCUGUGGUGCACAGCUCUUUUGAGCAGCACUGUUUAAGGAAAGAAUACAUCAAAUUUAGGAACUCUGUCAUUGUUGCUACGAGCAAAACGUUUGACUGCAUUAAGGACAGAAUCAAGCCCCUCUCAGGUGACUCGACUUCCAGGGACCGAGCUCCACGUUACCCUCGAAGAGGCCGCAUUGGGAUUCUGUGGCCUGCAUUCACCUCUGAUACAAGCCGAUGGCCUGAUAAACCAUGGCACAAAAUAAGAAAUGAUCCAUCAGUCUCAGGAAUUAUGAUGCUACAAGAAGUCACCUUUACCGGUUUUACAAAGAGUUGCUAUAGUGAUGACAUGGACAUCUGCAUCAUGUUAAAUCCUGAUAGCACUGGCAUCAUGCACCCGAUCACAUCUGAGAAGAUGAGAAUGCUACAUGUCAAUGAGAAGAACAAGCUUUACUUUCAUACGCUGCAAACAAGCAAUGAAUACGAGGAUACGGUGUUUCCUGAGAUGAGAUGUGAAAGCUCAAGGAAGGCUCUCUUCAAGGAUUUGGAUGGAAGUGCUCUGGGUCUGGAACCACCCGUGUCCGUUUUUCCGAAGUCAGAUUGGGAGUGGCCACAGUUUUAUUUGCACGCUGGUAUAUACAGAGAUGAUAGCAAGUGUGUCUACAAGCCUUCAACCCAAGGCUACUUCUGCAAGGAAACGGACCAUGUACUUUUGAUCCUGGAAAGCUUGGAAGUAGAUGCUGAUGGAGAGAGGCCAUCUCCAGUGGUGUCAGUGACUGGCAGUUUUGUGGAGUCCUUCAGUGCAUCAGCUUCACAUUCAUCUUGCUGCUCCUCAGGACAUCCACAGUCAUUUUAUUCUGUCUUGCCAUCCAACAAGCUCACUAAGGUUUGCUUUGCUGGUCCAACACCUUUGACCAUGAGACUCCACCUCAAUAGUGGCCAAAGCUUUACCAGACUUUUCCUAGCUGUAUUCUACAAUGAACCCCAAAGCCUUCACGUUUUCAGGCAAGGAAAAUACAUCCCAUCCACCUCAUCUUUUCAUUCAUCUGAUGCUGUGGCAGGCACCAACUAUUUCAGCUUUGAGGACAACCUUCUGUACAUCCUGCUUCAUGGAGAUGAACCUGUAGAAAUCUACACAAGACGUUCCCUUCUUAUUGCUUUUACCAUAACCACGACCAUUGGAGAGGAGGAGCAGAUAAAUGCGGUCCAUCACCUGGCUGAUUUUUUACAGAUUGGCCGUGAACUGGUCAGAAUAGUUCACAAUGGGGCAGGGAGUGAGAGCACAUUAAAGGUUAUCUCAGCCAAUGCCAGAAAGAGGAGACGUCUGUGUCCAACUAUGACAUCUUGCAUGGCUUUUCAUAGCAGGGAUGACUGGGAGAACACUUGGGCAGGGCCAACGAGCAUGAGGAGGCUAUGGCCUUCUGGUACAGCGACCUCAUCGAGUGUGAUGAUCAUCGAAGUUGGGGACCCACCAAGCCUUGUGAGAAAUAGCCUUGUUUCUUCCUUGUCUGAUGAAAGGCUGCAGAGCUUGGCCAGUAUUCUCAUCAUUGCUCAUCAGACUGGGGAGCUUCAGGAUGUCCUGGAUAUACCAACUGAUACUUUAAUGCUGAUGUGGUCCGCCUCCCCAUCACCAGAAGGAUGUAGUGGUCGAAAUGGAAGUGGCCUCACUCCUGGAAGCUGCCUAUAUUCAAGGCCCUAUAAUAUCUCAGUCCAAGUGCAGCCCUCAGAUGGAGAAAUGGGAAAGGAGCUCCCCGUACAGCCGCAAAUAAUUUUUCUGGAUAAACAGGGUCAGAGAGUUGAAACACUGGGGCUGCCCUCCGAACCCUGGGUCGUUGAAGCCUAUCUCAAGGGCUCCUCAAAGGCUGCAUUGAAAGGCCACACCACGGUAGAGGUCCAGCAUGGAUGGGCCUGCUUUACAGACUUGGCAGUCUCCAGUUUGGGCACUGACUGGUAUCUCGUUUUCACUGUUUUAUCACCUCCAGGUGCCAAGUUCACAGUUGAGUCCCAGCCAUUUACCAUCUUCCCCUUUGCCAUGGGAGAGAAAUCCAACCCUAUCCUUGCUGUUGUGCUGAGCUCAGUGGCUUCUGUGUUAGUUCUGGGUCUUUUCGUAUUCUGCUGGGUCAAGAAAAGCAAAAGUAACAAAACAAAGACUGGACGGGCUAAUGCACUGCAAGCAGAGAGCAACAUCAAACCUUCCCCGAUCCACCGGCCGAAUAAUUCAACUCGCGUCCAGCUGCAGUGCAAACAGGAAGAGAAUGACCGUGAUGUUGCUGGGGUGGAAGCAGAUAUGGAAGCAAAUGGGAAGCAAGGAAGCAGAGUGGGAGAGGUCAAGGAGCAGCAUCCACAGGCCUUUAAAGCCAAGUCAUUGGGGAAGAUGAACAUUGCUGAACAUCAGAUGGAGAGUGGAGAGAAGUCAUCGAUGACUAAGAAAUGCGGGGAUCGCUAUGAGUCACAUGCUAGGACAUCUCCAUGGGAUUCCUUCGAACUUCAGCAGCUUGGACUCAAGGAGUUCUCUGAAUGGAAAGAUGUCUCUCAGGAGUAAUUUGGUUACAUCUAUGGAAAGAAAUAGGAAGAAGAAGAAGCACUGUACCAGAAGGCAAAGAAGAAGAGGGAGGAGACUGCCACAGGACCUUGAAGAGAUGAGUAAGGCAAGAAGAAACGUCCAAACAAGACGUUGUCUACGAUGCUUUGGCACCUCACUCUCUUCUACUGCGAGUGUCAUCAGGAAAAGCAAGGGAGCCUGGGAGACACAUCAGGAUGGUUAGCAGAAAAAGUAGUGGUCAGAGCAGCGUAUUUAAAUAACUUGUAUUAAAAAAAAAAAAAAUCCUGUUAAUUUUUUCAUUUUUUGACUCGGCAAAUUUGCUUCUGUUCAAGGAAAGA